AUGGUAGAAGUAUCGUUAACCGUAGGGAAACUAGAUGCUUCUUUAGCUUUGCUAUUAACUAAGGAUCAUCAUUUGAUUGAAUUCCCAACCAUUUUAUUACCUAAUGGAGUCAAAGCUGGAUCAAUUGUAAAAAUCAAGUGUGAACAAGAUUUCGAGACUGAAGAAAAGGAAUUAAAUCAAUUUAGAUCAAUUCAGGAUGAAAUCUUAAACACUUUUGGAAAAAAUCUACCAAAAGAUCCACAAUUGAAAAUCAAGAAUGUUACACAAACCUCUUGUGUCUUAGAAUGGGAUGAACUAGAUUUAGGUACUUCAAAUUUAAAAAACUUGUUUUUAUUCAAGGAUGGUAAGAAAUUAGGAUCAAUUCCUCAACCUUUGACUAACAGAACCACUAAACUAUCAGGUUUGCCUAUAGAUGAAACUUUUGAAUUCCAAUUGAAAUUAGAUACAACUGCAGGAAUCUAUGAAUCCGAUAUUUUGAAAGUUACCACCCAUAAAAUGACCGAUUUAUCAGGUAUCAAUGUGUGUUUAGGUGACAUCAGUCCUAAUGAGCAAUUUACUGUUGAUGAUAUAGAUGAAACCUUGAAAGCAAUUGGUGCUCAUCAUCCACAUCAAUCUAAAGUCAGUGUCGAUACCACUCAUUUCAUCUGUACUAGAGAGAAUAAAUCAAAUCCAGAAUAUUUGAAAGCCUUUGAUAUGAACAUUCCUAUCAUCAGACCCGAAUGGUUGAAAGCUUGUGAAAGAGAUAGAAGAAUUGUUGGUGUAAGAGAGUAUUACAUCAAAGAUUGUGUUUUGCCUGACAUCUUUGCAAAGAAUUUCUGGAAUAAAAGUUCAUCUACUCCUAUUGCUAAUCCCGUAAAUGAUAACGACAAACCUGUGCCUGAAUUACCUAUUGGUGAAUCUAUGAGUACCAUGCCAAUUCCUGAAAUUAAGGAACCCGAAUCAGAAGAAGAAGCUCCUGAAAAAUCUGAAGUCAAUGGAUCUAAUGAAAAGAAAGAAACUGUUACCCCAGCUGACUCAGUCGAAAUAAAACAAGAAAUACAUGAAAUAAAUCUUGAUGAAUCAACAGAGAAACAUGACCCAAUUGCCGAAUCCACUAUACCAGAAGUUGUAGUCGAAGAAAAGGCAAAUGAGGUAAAUACCCCAACUGAAUCUGAAAUCAAAACUGACUUUGCUGAACAAGAAAAGACUGCAGAUGUUGUCCCUGAACCUUCACCUGAACCUGUUGUUGAACCUGUCGUUGAACCUGUAGCUGAACCUGUCGUUGAACCUGAAUUGGAAGAAAUAAAUCUUGAAGAGCCAUCAACUGAAAUUGGAAACGAUGCUAAAGAGGAAAUACCCAUCGACGUCGAAGUCGAAGAUGCUGAAGAUGCUGAAGAUGAUGAUGAACCAGAAAAGGAGGAUGAAGGGAAAGAAGAAGGAGAUAAAAUAGAUAAACCAGCCUCUAAAAAAAACAAAAAGAAUAAAAAGAAAAAAAAGAAGAACUAG